AUGCACUACAAACACUACAACGGUCAUUUCCGGAUCCACAACUCUCUGGAAGAGGCAUCCAAGGAAGCAGGACAGCUCCUAGUGGGAAAACCCAACAUUCCCUUUGAGAGCCAUCAUCACCACCUUCUACACUGCCUGGAGAAGACCACAAAUCAUGAGUUUAUUGACGAGCAGACUUUCGAGACCAACUGUAUGGAGGUAACCAUGGUGAACAAAUCCGGAUCUCGAGCCUCGUCCCUGUCGUCGUCUCCCUCCGGCCUGUCGUCCUGCUGCUCCAGGCGACACAGGAAGAAGAGCUCCAGUCUGCCCAACUGUAACAACCAGGAGCUUUCCACCAUCCAGAUCAGAGAGAGGCCUGUGGUCAACAGUCGCUCCAGCCUGAACGCCAAACUAGACUCUGAGACGGUGCCGUUGAAGAGCGAGCCCUACAUCACCACCUCCGUGGUCAACCUGCGUCCCGCCCCUCUCCCAUUGGUGACAUCAUCAGACGGUGACGGAUCCACCAGCUCCACCGUCAAUUAUUCUCAGAGCAACAUUGUCAGAGUGUCGGCCUUGUAGAUGUCAACUGUCAGUCAAGGUCUGUUUGGCUGACAUCAUGGAAAACUGUUUGGCUAACUGGUCUCAAGGAGAAACAGCAGCAGGAGAGAGAGAGAGAAACCACUAAUUGACGGACGGUCAUCCUGCCAGAAUCCCGCUAAUUUCCUGCAAUUCUACACAUUUUGCAAUGUCAAUAAUAUCUGAGUGAGUGACUAACAAAAUCAAUGGGGGCCCCCCUGUAGGUCAGGGCCCCUGGACACGUGCCCUGCGUUCCUGGUCGGUAUUCGGUCAUGAUUACUACACGUUUAGAUACCGUAAAACUUCAAUUAAUAGCCUAGCCGUUUAUUUUCUUAAAUCACUGAACACAACAGGCGCUUAUUAGAGAGACAGGCUUAUCUGUGACCAAGACGUCUAUUUCCUUAAUGCACACAGCUUUUUUGCUAAUUUGCAUAGUUAAAUGUUGAAUUCCAGCAUUCACGUCCAUCAUUAUAAUCAACUUCUUUAUUUCCUGCUCUACUGUGUUAUAAUUUACACACAUUGUAUUUCAAUAUAUAUCUUCUUUUUUUUUACAUUUCCUUGACAGGAUAAUUAUUCUCCUCUUUGACUGUGCAUUUUCGGUAGUUCCUACUUUCGCCACUAGAUCAGCCGAUUUCUAGGGGUCUAUACUCCCAAAGUUGUUGACUGUUUUUAUGCUUGCCAGUAAGGUAUCAGUCCUCAGCUGUUAUCAGCCAAUGGCUAGCAGUCCUCAGCUGUUAUCAGCCAAUGGCUAGCAGUCCUCAGCUGUUAUCAGCCAAU